UAUUGUUGAAUCAAGUAUUUAAUAGUUAUCGACAGGGCGAGCUGGAAAUUAGGACGAUCGAGGACGAGCAAAGUCUUUAGUAUUUUGUGAUCCAAUACAUGAUCGGGUCAUGGCGUAUGUUAAUGUUGCUGAAUGGAAGACUGAUCAAGUGUGCGAAUGGUUAAAAGGAUUGGAUAAUUCUGUACUACCUUAUGUACAUAGUUUCACAAAUCAUAGUGUUAGUGGACAACAAUUAUUGAGUCUAAGACCAGAAGAUUUAGAACACCUUGGAGUAAUAAAGCUUGGCCAUCAGGAGAUCAUUCUUGAAGCUGUAGAAUAUUUAAGAAAUUUUCAUUAUGAGCUCGAUCGUGAAAAUUUGCAACUCCUGGCAUUGCGUUUAUCUUGUCAAGCGCAUAGUUUGCAAAAUGAACUGUCCCGUCAGACGGACUCCAAACCUGUUACUACUCAAACAUUAUCCGAUGUAGCAUCGGUUAUAACAGCUGUGAAGCCAUUAGUAAGAUGGCUCGAUCGUCCUCCAUUCAGUGGACAAUUAGAAUAUAAUGAUAAAAAAGCUGAUCUAAUGAAACUAGCUUUAGAAAUGGCCACAUGUGCGCAAAGAGAUAGAUUUGCAGAGAAACCAAUAGAAGAAAUCAGAACAAUUUGUGGUCAAUUAGCAAAACUGGCAGAUUAUAUAAUACAGGAUAUUACUGAUCCUAUGAUAUUGCAGCCUGCUAGUUUAGAUUUGGCUACUUUAAAAAAGAAACCUGGAGAUGACUUAGGAUUUUACAUUUUGCCAUCUUUCCACGGAGCUCAUCAAAUUGCUGAAAUUAAAUUUGGAUCAGCUGCUCAUCAAUGUGGUAAAAUGGAAGAAGGAGAUGAAAUUGUUCAGGUAAAUUAUCAGACUGUGGUUGGUUGGGAACGAAAAAAUCUUUUGGAAUUAUUUCGUGAAAGUCCAGCUGAAGUAUUAUUAACUUUAAAGCGUAGACCAAGGCACACAAAAGUCUAUGGUCAGAUUUAUAUAAAACCAUAUCGACUUCCCAGUAAUAAAAAAACAUCAUACACGACGCGAUGGCAACAUAAUUUACCAUCACCAAGACCAGAAUUAUUGACCAUACCAGAUUUCACAAUGCCAUUACCAAGGCACAUGCCAAAGAAUCCGAGUCCGGAACCUGCAAGUAUUUUAGAUACUGUCAAUAUAUUAGACACAAUGAUCAUAGAUAGUAGCGACUCGGAUAGCGAAACGGAACCCCCUUUAUCAAUUCGAUUGUAUUCGACGAAGCCAAGAAAUUCAGUUCAAAGACGAGCUACUAUAACUGGUGCUAGUCCUACUACUAAACAUAGAAUCGAUAUCGAACAAUUUUGGAAAGAAUUGAAAGAGGAACAUAGUACAACUCAAUUACGCGACAAAGCGGCAUCUUGCGCUCACGGCCUAGAUAAUGUACCUUCAAAUUUACGAUCACAAACGUGCUUAAGUAUAGAACAAAGUAAAAGAAAGAAAAAGCCUGACGGGCAAGUUGAUGACAAAAAGCUACAGUUCCAAGAGAAAUCUGUUAAAUCUGAUGUUCCUCGGAUAGAUAAUACAAUUAACGUAAUAUACGAAGCAAAAGAUGAAUGCAAGACUAUUCAAAAUUGCGAGGAAACUUUAACUAUUAGUAAUACAAGUAAUCCCAGCCAGAUUCCUCAAGCAUCUAUUAAUGUUACCAAUAAUAAUAAUUUGAGUGAUACAAGUGUGCCUUUAGAUGAGUGCAACAAUUUUAUUAGAGAUAGGCAUAGUAAUAGUAAGAAUAUACUAAGCGGUAAAGAAUCUAGUAUAUGUAAUGUUAAAGAACGCGGGAAAUUGGAUAAAAGUUACAGUACACCGGCAUACGAUUUAAUGGAUACUGACAAUGUAGAAGACAGGAAACAGAAAUUAUUUUGUACAUUAGAAUCAUCUACAAAUAACGUAAGCAAUGUAUCUGCAACUAAGACUGAUAUUCAACUAGUUUCUACAAAUUUGGGAGAUCAACAAAAGUUACGAAAUAUUGGUGAUAAAAAGCAAAGUACUCGUGCGAGCCUUGAUACCAAUGUUCAAAACGUUACUGGUAUCGACACGCAUAUUGUGCAGAAUAAUGACGAACAAUACGCUGAAAAAUCUCAAUACUUGGACUCGCAUAAAACAUUUACGUGUAAGGCAACCGAUGUAAGUCAUGGAAGCAGUAUAAAAAGUAACCAAAGCAAUAACGAAUGUAUUAUCUCUGAUGUAAAUAAAUAUGACAAGAAAAAUGUAACGAAUAAUUCAAACGCCGAAUUAGAAAGCGUAUCAAAGGCGGCGUUUAGCGUUAAAAACUUUACAAGUAAUUCAAGUUCAAGCUACGAAGUAAACGAAGAUAAAGUAGAAUCAAGAAACAAUUAUGCGCAGAACAAUAGCGAAAGCAAUCCGGGUCUGACUAAAUUCGGUAAAAUUUUCCAAACGUUUAAUUGUGCCUCGAUAGAACAUACAAAAUUAAUGGAAAAAAAAUCUCCCGCUGCAUCGAUCAAAGAAACAAUACAAAUUCAGGAGCCAGCAUGGUCAAAUUGUGAUUUGAUUUCUACCGAAGAUGAUACACGGACUGUUACUCGGAGCAUUCCUCAAAUUCAGAUUUGUCAAAAAGCGCAAACUGAUAACAUAAAAACUGAAGGUUCAAUUGAUCAAGGAAAUAUGAUACAGCCUUGCAAAUACGUAGAGCAAACGAAAAUUGAAUCUAAUAAGAAGCUAGAAUCUAAAUCUCAUUUAAUACCUCCAGAUCCUCCUCCACGUAAAUAUUAUUCGAAAUUAACGAGUUCACCUUUGGACAACGCUUCGAAAGUUUUUGAAGAUCAAGAUAAACAUUAUGCAUCUCAAAGACCUAAUGUUAGAAGAGAUUUGAAAAAACCAGAAUAUUGCAUGGAGAAUUACAUAAAAAGUAACUUGAAUCUUCAAGAGAAACAAGAUUAUUUCGAUGUUUGUAAUAGCUUUACAGAAAAACCAACAGAAUUUAUUGACGAAAUAAAUACUUUAGGUAACGAAUGCAGACCUAGUUUAAACGUGGAUUCUUUGUACAGAGAGUACACUGAUAAGCAAGUGAAAGAAGACAAGUCUAUCUGUGAUAAGUACGAACCUUUUGCUGAAAAGUUCGGUCACGCUAGUUCAGGAACAGAAUGCCAUAAUCCUGAAUCUUGUUUUCAAAAUAUGGAUUCUCCGGAUGGUUCAUGCUCUUCAAAGCAGUUUCAAUCCCUGGAACAUAAAUCGAAAGUUUAUGAAAAGGAGAAAAAUUUGGAAAAGGGAGUAGUUAAUAAGGCUAUGAUGGUAGCCAGAAGUAUUGGGCUGCAUGGAAGCUUAAGCAAAUCUUCCAGUAGUAGUCCCAGAAGUAGCAGAAAACGAAGCAUAUUAUUUGCAAGAAAAAGGAAUAUUUCUGUUAAAGAUAUAGGUACAGGCGAUUUAGAAAGUUGGUUAACAUAUCGUACAAGAGGUGCAGGUGGUGCUUGGGCUAAAGCUUGGUUUAUUUUGAAAUGUUCCUCUUUAUACAGGUUUAAAACUCAAACCAGCAUGAAGGCAGAUUGUCUCAUAGCUUUAACAGGAUUUACCGUGUCACGAGCUGCUGAAGUAAAAUCGAGAAAAUAUGCGUUCAAGGUUUAUCAUACAGGAACAGUAUUUUAUUUCUCGGCGGAUACAGAGGAUUCUCUUACUCUGUGGCUAGAUGCAAUCAAUAAAGCAACUUUAGGCGCGGAUGGUCACAGUCGAAAUAGCGCUCUUUUUAGCGAAACGGACGAGAGCGAUGGCGAACAAAAAACUAAACUUAAGAACGCUUAUACCGCAGAAUAUAAACCAAAUCUGGAGAAAUCGUUUGGAUCGUUAAAGAAAAUUGUUCGCAAAGAUUCUACCGGAUAUAAAGAUCAUGAAAUUAGUGGUGCCAGUUUAGACAGAAAAUACUUGAAAUUUCUUGGUACACGAAAUCACAAUGUACCUGUUCCAACUGCACAAUUUCGAAGUUACAGAAGAGUACUUCCCACAACAAUACCCAACAAGAAGCAAGACUCUGUCCCAAAUUCACCAGACUUACAAAUGACAAUCGCGGGAAGUACAUUCUAUGGAUUAUGUGCAUCUCAGAGUACUACUGAUAUGUCAAAUAGUUCUCAAGAUAUGGGUGAUUACAGACGUACAACAGACAGGUGUCUUAAUAGCAGAAUUAGAAGGCCCGAUGAACUACAAGGUUUUAUUACAUUAGAAGAAUUUAUGUUAUCUCAACAAGAAGAUCGCGGACAAAUAACAAGAAAUAGGUCUGUAUCACCAAGGAUGACACCUUUAACUAGCGAUCAUGUCCUCGUUCAACAUAGAAAUUUUCAUGAUAACGGGACAGUUAAUGAACAAACCAAAAUUGCUACCGAAACAUACACCAAUAAUGACGUUAUGCAUGGUCGAAAUAAAAAUAACGGGGAAGUAAUAAAUAAUAGCGCAUCGUAUGGAUACGCGCGACACAUGGAUAACUUGCAUACAACGAGACAAUUAAGCGGAGAUUUCGAUUUCGAAAGAAAUGAAAAUAAGGGCGAAUCGUCAAAGCUUUCAAUUCACAAAAGGUCGAAUGAACUUAGUUGCGUUCAUAAGAAAAAUGCAUUGGAUGGAUUAAGUUCUCCACAAGCAAAACCAUGCGAUUCGAUUAAUUUCAAGAAUGUUACGCAUGAACAAAAGCAACCAACUUCCUCGUAUCAUAAUAAAUCAGAUACUGCUGAGAAGUUUGAUAAACAAACAAGUACAGUUUGCGAAUAUAAUACCAAUGCUUGUACACAUCAAGCACAAUCUUCGAAUCAUGAAAUCUCUAGAUCAUACGAUUAUUAUUCAGGGAGGAAUAUCGGUAAUUUAGUGGAAGAUAUUAAAUCAGUUCCAAAACGACUGAUACGCAACGAUGGUUGUUCCGGAUCUAGCAAUGAUCUUACAUAUCAUGCUUCUUAUGAAACUCUACAACGCGCAAAAAAAGAUGCGAACAUAAGUCGUAAAGGAAGUUUCAACUUAACAGGCCGUCGUGAUCAUACUUCGUCGGAUAAGCAUUGGUUAGAUUCUUUACGACGAAGCGAUAAAAAGGAUAUCGAUUACGAUAAAACUCGUCUAAAAAAUGUAGCACAGUACCAACCACCGCCUAUACCAACUUCACCAUUUGAACAAGAGGGAAUGACAGCUGCAUUUGAGAUGCAUUUAGACAAAGGUGAACAGGUUCAAAAGCCAAGUCGCUUGAGAAAUUUAUUUGGCAAUAAAAGUCAACAAAAACCUUGCACGCUCGAUCUGCCUAAGGAAACGCAAAAAACAUUGCUAGGAUCGCCAAGAUUACAUAGAGCAUUGUUUCGAGAGAAAUGUUAUAACCAGUCACGCUUACCAAGCCGAUCAAAUAGCCAAAGUCCUGGUGAUAGUGGAAUCAGUCAAUCCGUUAGUUCCUUCAGUGGAAAUAGUCCACAAACGCUUAGUCAAAGUUUUAGUUCGGUUAGCUCCGUUAGUGAUUGGAGUCCAGAUACACCAUCACCAUGUACCCCAAACCUGACAACAAAAAGUGGUGCAGGUCAUUCCUUAUGUCAGAAAGGAUUUACCAACACAGGUAGACAUUCGUUAAACCCGCCAACAUUACCCUACAUACCACCACCGACAUCACCACCACCUGAUUACCCCGGUCUUGAAUAUCCACCAGUAUUUGAACCUGGUACUUACUCUCUAUUGGAUGCUUCAUUACUGCGUAAUCGUAAUAAAAAUAAUCGUGACACUCAUUAACCAAUGACGCGUGUCAUUGAUCUACAUAUAAUAGCCAAAGAUAAUUUCUUUCAUUAUUCAUUAAUCUAACCAGGUAUUUUAUAUGAGAAAUCUAAGAGUUUACUAGUAUUUUUCUAUAAGUAUUCAAAUUUAACCGUCC